CUGCAGCUCGACUACACUGUUGUAGCUCAUGUAAUGCAGUGCACAUCGAGGUGCAGCAUAGUGAAAACGUUCCUUGGUGUUGCUUUGUGGCUGCAGUUAGGCUGCUUGCUGGUUUCUAACUUGCACUGUGUAGGCACUUUUCAAUCGUAGGUCUAUCUCUAUAGCUGACCCAAGCCUGUGCCUAUCAUACAAAGCUGUAGCGUAGUGUGAUUUAAUAGUGACAAUGUGACCCGCUUAUCCGACAGCCUUUCGGCUGGCAGUAGAAUGGUGCCAAAUAUGGGUUUACUUGGCCGUGAGUACCACCGAUGGUACCAGCUAGUGAGAGGAAAAAAAGUUAUUCAACGCAGGCCAGCGUGAAGUGCACCCUUUUAGUUCGUUUCUGUUUGUCCAAGCGCGCGGAAAGACUAAUUCUACGUUUAUUGUAAGAAGGCCAUUUACGGAUAGUUAGGAAUUAUAAAGGAGCAAGUGGAAUGAAUAAUUGAAUUUUAUAACCAGUGACCAAUUCGCGCGUUCUGGCGCCACUUUUUUCUAUAUAGACAAUACAUACUGCGGAUGCGGAGAUGAUCACAAUAACGAAGUGGAUGACGGUGACGAUGCUGGUGAUAGUGAUGAAAUAAUUUUCCCCGUCAGUCCCAACAAUAACAACCACCCUGCAAGUGCAAAGUCAACUGGCAGUCACUGUUGUGUUGUGUUCUAGAAGCGAUGCCACCGUGCUAAAAAAGGAAAAAUGAAGCUAGAUUAGCUAAGGGAUAGAUUUUCAUCAUAUCAUCGAACAAGCGAACGGAUCCGGUAAUAUAGGUAGCAAUCGGCGGAUGGCAAGUUCUGUAAUCAUGGAAAGUGAUGUGAUUUGUCUGGAUUCAGACGGCGAAGGCGAAAACGAACCAGCGAGUCGCGGGUCCGCCGAGAUGGAAAUUAACACCCAAGCCAUCAUCGAGGAGGUGUUGCUGCGCCCGCUGCAAGCGCUUUCACUGAAACUUUACUUCGCGAGUGACUGCAUCAGUGAGCCAUUGCAGGUGCAACGGAACACCCUUGCCGCCAGGGCUGCCACAGCCAAAAAUCAGAAUCGAUUGGCCAUCGGAGAGAGACGCUGCACGGAAAUAGUUGAACGUGUUGCCGAACUGGUGCAGCGCUUCGGACGGCAACGAUUUCCCAACAGUCACCGCGAUCUCACCCUACAACGGGACGCGUGGAAGAAGGUUCUGAAAUUUCUGUUCUUACUUCGGGCGAUUGGACCGGUUUCGCUGAUUCACGAUGCAGCCGGGAAUUCCAUCGGACCCCAGGAGCUUUCUCCCGAGACGCGCAGAUAUCAUCUGACAGUGAUGGAUGUUAUGGUUGAUUACAUCCGACAUAAAUGUACGGUCCUGACCGGGGAGCGCGACCCGGUAAUGCUGCUGGCCGAAUGCAACCAGAUCGUGAGCAACCUGUACAUCAUUUUCGACGGCGACAGCGAGUUUGUCACGCUGACGCUGCUCAAGACAGAUCUGCUGGCUGGCAGUAGUGCCGUAGCUCUAAUGUAUCCAGUGUUCGAGCAAAUCCUAACUACCAACCAGUUUCGUCUCUCCACGUCCGGGCCCCUCGGUCUGAUGGAGUACGUACGCCUGCUGCUGUGCUACAAGAAGUGGAAAGCCAUGGUUCCGGCUCGUCGCGAUAAGGAUACUAUCGCCGCUCUGGCAAUGAAGAUAUUACCCCUACGCUGCCCAGAAGCCACUACACGACAAGAUUUACCUUUCGUGCGGAUGCUGCCGCGGGUGAGCGCAAUGGCAAAGGAGCAGAAUAAUGAAACCAGAUUCCUCCUGGCUAAGGAUUUGAUGGAUAUCGAGCAACUUUGUGCAAUUUAUUUCCGGGAGUAUGAAAACCGAUUUUCACACCUCGUAGCGGAGAAACUGUCCACCGUUGAAAUUAAAAGCAAUUACAUCAAUAUCGAUGCACUGGUCGAGUUCAUUCAGCGCAAAUGUAACCUACUGCGAAGUAUCAACCGCGAUCUGGAAUCGCCUGCGAAAGCGACCGCUAGCAGCCGGCAGCAGCAACAACAGCAGCUUCAGCAUGAAUCUAAUGCUAUCAUCAGCAGCCUGAGGUUGAUAUUCCGCCGGGAUGAACGUUUUAUUACGCUGACCCUGCUGCGAGUGGAAACAGCCCCGGAAUGGCAAUCCAUUCUCGGUCCGGUUUACGACCGCUUUUUGGCGCACCUCGAUCCAGCGACUGUCAGCGCCAACAAUCUGGAGUCAUACGGCCGGCUACUGCUGUGCUUCAUCAAAUGGAAGCUAUUGUACCCGGAACAAACGGAGGAGCCAGAGGCGACCGCCGCUACGCGGCAUCGAGAACGAAUCGAUACGAUUGCUUGUGCGACACUUCCCUAUGACAUCCCGCGCGCAGUCAAACGAAAGGAAUUGGCCCUGAAGGCUCUCUUCCCUAGGGUGGCGACCGCAGUUGGACGGCGGAAGGGCAAGUCAGCGAAAGUCACCGUGACUAGGGCACUAUUGAACUCGAAGCACGUACGGGAUAACAUUCGGACCAUAUGCUCACAAUUUCUAGCUAUUUGCCGUGGUGGAAAAACGAACGACUCGGAACCGCUAUCGGUCGCUACCACAGUACAACAUGCCCACGAUGAGGAUGAAGUGGAAAUCAUCAAAUCCGAGUGCAACUCGGUCAUCAUUCUCGACAGUGAAGACGAAGACGACAAUGACAACGACAGCAACAAACCCGUUUCUAGUGCUGCUGGUUUUGCCAGACUUGAUGAAAUCGAGCAUUCCAAUGCAGCAGCCAACAUCACACUGAUACGAGCCGCAGCACCGGAUAUCGAUACGAAACACCCUGUUCCAAGUGGAAAAAUGCUAGAAACUGAUCAAUCAUUCACAAUGGAAACCAUUUUCAAUACUCCACCUCCGACGCCGACAACAGACGAUACGAGUGAGAACUAUGACAACGGUUUUAUCCUUCAACAAACUGACUGUCAGACCGGUGCAACUUUUUGCGCUACCGGCGGCUCCGUUUGCAAAGCAAAAAAGCAGAAAAACGUGCUACCGCUGGGAGUCAACUUUAGAAUAUCCAGGAACGUUCGCCUGCAAAAUAGCCGUGUAAAGCGAGACUUCCUGACAGCUUUUAGGAAGUUGACGUCCAAAAAUUGUUUCCAAGUUAGACUUACUUCAGAGCUGGCAGAUUACUGUCUACUGAAGAAAAUGUAUGACAGUGUUGUUUUCGUAGAUAUUUUAGACAUUAAAGACACGAAUGUUAGUCCUGGCAUUGCGCUGAAGUCAUACGAGGAAGAUGAAAAUAUGUUAGUCAAUAAAUCUUUCGAUUAUCCUUCCUCAAAUAGGUUCGAGGAACCAAGUUUACCGAAUCACUUUCAAAUGAGAUCUUUAGUGGAUAAUACACUUACGAAAGACGACCAGCUUCUGACGUUGAUAGCAGCAAUAGACGAUCUCCCACCAGCUUCAGUGGAUUUUGCUGUUUUCUCCGAAGAAUCGGAUCGAUUUUCGAUCGAGAUUCUCGCCAACAAUCAAGAGCCACCGUCGUCCGUGAUGGACGAAAAUGCUCUCUGGCAUAGCGAUGCCUGUUCCAUGUUCGCUGGUCUAGAUUUUAAUCAAUGGUUAGACCCUGAAAUAUCAAACGUGCCAUCCAUGAUCAUCUGAACAGCAAGCAAACUUCCUAUCCAUCAGUUACGAACAUAGCCAGUAAUUUAUCGGUUUCGAACAUUUUGCCAAAUUGGUUUCAGAGUGUUGUCGAAGCAGAACAAGUAGCACUGUAUCAGUACAAUCAGAGAAAAUAUACUUGACCUAAGAAAGUUAUUAAGGUGUAAAACAAACUAAACCAACAUGCUCUCAAGCAGGCUGAAGAAUUUAAAUAGAGUUUUAGAUGUAGGUUAUAGAAAUAAACCGACCAAGUUGGGAAAAAACUUUAAAACGACGAAAAUAGUAGUUGAUAAACUUCAAAAACAAAACGAAACAGCACAACAUAUGCACGUAGGCGUUAGAUAGCUUCUAGGGUUAGGAUAAACUUUUUCGCGUUAAGCCGCAACAGCAGCAGUAUCUUUUCCCAAUACAAUCAUUCUAUAUUCCUAUGUCAGAAAUAGACGACAUCAAACGUCCCUGUUUCUACACAAAUAAACACAAAUCUCCAUACCACGUGGUUUCCAAUGUCAACGUAAAAACUUGCUCCAGCACGGCUUUAGACUAAGAGAAUCUACAUUGUCUUUAUAUUGAAAGUAACAGAAAAAAAAAUCGGUGUCUAAUCAAUGUGAUUGUAAUGGUGAUACGUGUAAAAUUGUUCUCACUUUUCAAACUAGGUUAGGAUUAAUGCAAUCGAGCUUCGAUUUUUCUUUCGGAUAGCAGGGAAAGAGACAAUCGGGUUGUUCUCUAUAUAAGGGCCAAUGCUGGGUAUUCCCAGCUGUCGAAUCGUUGUGACGGAAAUAAAUUUGUAAUCGAUGCGAGA